AGAAACCUUCGCAGAGAGAGAGAGAGAGAUCUGCUCAAAUAGACUCAGUCCAUAAUUAUUAUUUCAUCAAAUCUUCAAGCAAACCAAAAUGAAUGAUAAAGCACAAUCGGAUCAUAGUUCAUCCAAGUCUUUGGUUUCUAGGUUGGAUCAUCUGGAUUUCCUUAUGAAGUAUUUGGAAAGAAAACAAAAUUUGGCGAAAUUGGAGAGUAACAAUGGUUCCAGUACUGCUGGAGGAGAACUGAAGAAGAAGCAAUGCAUGCCAGUGGAUCUGGCAUUGAAGGAGACUUACUUCAAAGGCUCACUCAUGGAUCAAGUGGCAGCUCUUGAAAAUAGGCUUUUUCAGCUGUGCUUAGAGAAGGAAUCAAGCAGCUCAUCUAGCACUUCUACACAGGCAUCAUCUGGUGAAACCUACUGGAGCCACGGAUCGAAGGGCGAAUCAUCUUGCUCGCUCCCAACUUUCACUCCCAAUAUUCCCUUUCAUGCUCACAAUAAACGACUCUCCCAAGUCCAUGCCAUUAGGCUUGAAAUUCAGGAACAACCCGAUAGAGGGAAUAAGCCAAAGCAGAAUAAGAAGCCUUUAAGUUCUCCUGCUCAACAGAAACAUAGGAAGAAGAAGACAACUAGGGCCAAUAAGGAUGAAAAAUCUCUCAAAACUGAGAAGAAGAGAAUCCCUCCCAUUAGUUGGCCACACCUAAAAAUAUUGGGCUGCUAGUCUUCUUCUCUCUUUUAGCCUAUUCAUCAUCUGGUUGAAAAUCAAAGAAUUUAAGUACUCUAGCUAGCUAGUUUCC